AUUAUCAUAAUCAUUUACCAUUUCAUCAAAAGACAUUUAUUCCUGAAUUAUUAUUAAUUAAACAACCUAUUAUACGUCCACAUAUUCAUCGUCGUCCAUAUGAAUUAAAUAAUAUAGAUGCACCACGUCGUUUAACUGAUAAUUGUCAACGUGAUUUAUAUAUUUGUAUAUUACAUAUUAUGUCUACUAUAACAUUAGUACAUUUAAAAUGUUUAUUUCAUAGUUUUACUAUACAAGAAAGAUUACAUUUUUUGAAUAUAUUAAAAUUUUCUAUUCAACAUCUACGUUAUCGUGGUAAACAUUGUAUUCAACAAUAUGAACACAUAAGUCACAGUAGUGUUGGACGAACUGGUGGUACUGGUCAUCUCCUUCAUACGAGCAAUGCACUAGCUAGUAAUGCUGCUUCUCGUAAAAAGAGUAAACAUUUACAAAGUGAUCUGUUAACUAAAAAUGAAGUAACCCCUGAAGAAGGACAUGAUAAUAUACCAAGUAAAAAUGAAAGUUUUAUUAAAAGCGAAUUUGGCAACUGAAUCAAGCUUGAUCAUCUUAGAUUUGUUGAGUACGUUUACAACAGUUUUUAAAUCAGAAUUGAAUCUAUGUAAACCAAAUGAUCCAGUAUUUUGUUCAAUAAUUGAAACGUAUAUAUGUAUAUUAUCUAAUAAUCCAUCUGAUUAUGUAAUACGUCAUACAUUUUCUGCAUUACGUGUAUUUAUUAAUCAAAAUUCACAGACUCUCUUCUCUGAAUCAACCGAUAUUCUAAGUAUGCUUUGUUUAGCUGGUUUAAGAUGUUCUAAUCAAUGUUUUCUUUCAUUAUCAUCGGUUAUCUCUUCUCCAUCAUUAUCAGUUUCAUCAAUACCACCACCACCGCCACCACCACCACGAACAACAACAACAACCGCAUGCCCUGUCUCCAACUCGACUGAUUCCAAUACUAAUACUCUAUCGGAUAAAAAUUCUCAAAUAUCAUUUCUAACUAAUAAUAUUAAUACAACGUCGUCUGACACAACAGCAUCUAUUAAGUAUAAACCUCCAAUACUAUCUAGAUUGAAAAAUAUUGAAAUUAAUGAUACAAAUCAGAUUAUAUCAAAUACUAGCCAUUUUAAUCAUAGUAAUGAUUAUGAUAAUAGUAAUAUGAAUAAUCAAGCAUUGAUAAGUAGACUUUGUCUAGAUGCAUGCGGUUUCUUAUAUCGUUUAUGGAAGUGUAGUUUUGAAACACAUCAACAAGUUGGAUUUCAUCGUGUACAUUUACAGACAAUUAUUGCUAUAUCAAAACUUGUUAGUGAACUAAGUCCCGGUUUUGAAGCAAGUUUAAGUCUUUUGCAUAGUUUAGCACAAACUGAUAUGCAAAGAAUUUCAGAAUCAACUUCGACAAAGUCAUUAACUACAACAGUAACAACAACAUCGUCGUCAUCAUCAAAUGCAUCUGGGAAGUUUUUUUGGACUGAUUCAAAUAUUCGUUUAUUCUUAGAUGAUAUUGACGAUUUAAUUCAUCGUAUAUUAACUGUAUUAACUGCUACUGCUGAAAUGCGUCGACAUUGUGAUGACCCUGAGCGUAUAGUUGACUUACAGUAUGCACUAGCUAAAUCGUACAGUAGUAAUCCAGCAUUAAGACGUACAUGGUUAGAAGAAUUAGUCAAAUUACAUAUGAAUUCAAGAAGUUUCACAGAAUUAGCUAUGACUAAAUUACAUAUUGCUGCAUUAAUGGCUGAAUAUUUAAAAUGUAAAGGUAUUUUAGAUUGUGAAUUUCCUCAAGGAUGUAAUGCAUUUAAAACAAUUUCAUCUAAUAUUUACAUAGAAGAAAAUGGAUUAAAAACAGAUUCUACAGUAUUAGAAAUUUCUUAUACACAAGAGAAUUUAUUAACCGAUCUAAAUGAAGCUGCAUUAGCCUUAGAAUCUGCUGGAUUAUAUGAAUGUAUACAACCUGUGUAUAAUUUAAUUUUACCAGUAUAUGAAUCUAAAUGUCAAUAUAUGAAUUUAGCUCAAAUUUAUCAUCAUAUUGGUCGAACUUAUGAAGCAAUAAAUCGAAUUGAAUCUUAUGGACAUCGAUUAUUUGCCGCAUAUUAUCGUGUUACAUUUCAUGGUCAAUUAUUUGAAUCAAUGGCUGGUAAAUCAUUUAUUUAUCGUUCAAAUCCAUGUCAAAAAUUAAAUGAAAAAUGUAAUGAAUUAUUACAAUUAUAUCGUCAUAAAUAUGGUGAACAAUCAGUGGAAUUAUUAACUGAUAAUUUUAUUAAUCGAUCAAUAUUAGAUCCAAUGAAAGCUUAUGUUCAAAUUACUUAUGUUGAACCAUAUAAAGAAAUAAAAGAUUCUGAUAAAAAACCAUUAAGAUCUUAUGAAAAACAUCAUGAUGUACGACAAUUUAUGUUUGAAGCACCAUUUCUAAGACAACCAGGUUUAUCUACGGAAGAAUGCCUAUUAGCACCAGGUCCAAAACAAAGUGAUGAUUUAACUAUUCAAUGGAAACGUCGUACAAUAUUAACUACUGAAGCAACAUUCCCGCAUAUACGUCGUCGACUUGAAAUUAUACAAGUAACAGAGAUUGAUUUCACUCCAAUCGAUUCAGCGAUAGAUGCUAUACAAUGUAAAAAUCAGGAAUUAAUGAGCCAUGUAAUAACUCUACGUAAUAAUUUGACCAUUUGCCAUUAUUCAGCUAAUCCAACAUUGAAUGAAGAUAAACGUAUCUCCAUCAAUAUGCUUAAUUUACAUUCACCUACUGUAAUAACAAAUACUUCUUCAAACAUUCCUAAUGUCAUAACAUCAACAACAACAACAACAACUACUACUACUACUACUACUAAUACUAUAAAUAGUAGUAUUAAUGGAAAUCAUUCAAAAAUAUCUACUUAUAAAAUACCAUUAUUAAUGGAUAUGCAAUUACAAGGUGCAUUAUUACCUACAGUGAAUGCUGGUCCAAUGGCUUAUGCUCAAGCCUUUUUAAAAGUGGAAAAUCAAUCAUUUUAUCCUAUCAGUAAAGUUAAUCGAUUGAAAGAGUUAUUUUUUGAUUUCUUAUCAACUUGUCUGGUACUGCUUACAUAUUAUUACAAUCUAAUGUCAAGUGUACAUGAAGCAAAAUAUCGUGCUAUGCGUGAUGCAUUAGAUCGUUAUCGAGUUGAUUUAAGUAAUUUAUUAAAAGAAGAAAUUAUUGUUAAUGAAAAAGAAUUAAGAAUUGGACCGAAAUCUUCAUCCUCUUCAUCAUCAUCUUCAACAACAUCGUCUUCAUUCACAAUGAAUCAUAUUCAUUGAAUUAACCAACUACAUGAAACUCUAUUUCGUUUUUUGGUCAUCUCUCUCUCUCACUCUCUUUCAUCUUUAUCCCAUAAAUAGUAUAUUUGUGUAUACAGUAAUAGGGUCAUUGUUCCAUUAGCGUUUUGUUUAUUUGUGUGGAGCAAAUGAGUUUUCUACGGGAUAGAGUUGCUAACCCUUAUGCUUAACCUUCCCUCUUUUUAUCCAAACUUGAAAUCGGUAUGAACUCGAGAAGAACUACACAGAUAGAGUUACAUUGUUCAUUAAUCCAACUUAAUUCUAUUCAAUGAUCAUUUGUAUUAUCAGUUUAUAUUCUUAUCAUAUAAAUUCAAUAGAAAAAUAAACAUUCCAAUUAUAAUUCACAUAUCGUUGUAAUAUGUAUACACAUAAUGGUGCAUACUACUGAUAUCUAUCGACAUAUAUGAGUAGUAUAUUAACACCAAACAGAAAUAGCUUGUUUAAUCUGGAAAUUGUGUUGUUCUCGACUGUGCUAGCAACAAAUGAUAGGAGUCUUUUUUUAAAAUGCUCUACUGAAUACCUUUAUUGUUGUUUUUUUUUCAAAACACACAAUGUAUUAUGUAACUUGAAUCAAAUGUAUUUAUGAUGAUAGAUGAUUAUCACUGAUGUGUAUUUAUUCAAAUGCAUUUCUAUGUCAGUUAUUUUGAUCCCUUCUCCUACUUUCUCUUCUUCUUCUGAUUAUUAUGAUCAAUCAUAAUAUUGUACACUAUUUAUUUUCACAUAAUAGAUGUGGAUGGAUAGUUUUUUUUUUUCUGUUACCAAAUUGUAUGUAUUAUGGAUAAUUAUUUUGUAAAAUAAUAACAUAAUAUAGUAAUGAUUAUACUAUGUAUAUAUAUUCAAUUAUGAUUAUAGAGUUGAUAGACUUGUUGCCAAGGAAACAGUGUGAACGUUUACUUAUAUGAUAAAUCUUGCUAAU